AUGGUUUAUAGCGGGUGUCCGUCAAACUUCUUCGACUGCGGAAACGACAGAUGUAUCGCUCAGUUCUGGAGAUGCGAUGGAGAAGACGAUUGCGGGAAUUGGGCGGACGAACAGUCGUGUCAUAAUCUAAAGCUCAAAUGCCAUGACGUGAAUGAGUGUCCUGUAAACCACACGCGCUGUAACGACACUCACGGCACGUGUAUUCCCGACAAAUGGCUGUGCGAUGGUAUGGAUGACUGCUCUAACGGUGCCGACGAACACAACUGUACGGCCAAUGCUGUCGAGUGUUCGGGCUUUUUGUGCCACAAUUUUGAAUGCAUUCCUUCGCGAUGGAGAUGUGAUGGCAUUUCCGACUGCGACGACAACUCCGAUGAAGACGAGUGCCCGAAGGCCAGGAAGAACGAGAUCUGCGACAAAGCGCACGGCUCUUACCAGUGUAUGACCGGUGAAUGCAUUCCUCACAGCAAAGUGUGCGAUAAGAAGAAAGACUGUCCGCAGGGCGACGACGAGGGC